GAUCCUUCCUUUAAAAAAAAAGUAAAUGAUAGAAAUAUUAAGAGAGAGAGAGAGAGAUAAAGAGAGAAUGAACAAACAAAAAAAACGAUAGCUAGAGGGGGAGAUAUUAAGAAAAAUCAAGAAUGACAAGAGAUGGAGAGAGAGAUGGGAUUAGGAUGAGAGAGAGAGGGAAAUGAUACAUGUACUAAUGCACUGAUACUACAGUAACGAUAUUUUCCCCCUUUUAGCAGGUCAUGGAGCGUGACAUAAUUGUUUAAUCAAACGGGAGAAAAGAUGAUAAUGGUAAACUGAUGUUUUGAUGUCGAGCACUGCGUAGUCAUAGCUAGCAUAUAAACAAAGCGAUUGUGAUGUGCAAUACAUUUAUUCUGUUCCCACUCACUACGGAAUCCACUCGGUAUGACUUCAUGUGCAGGCUAUGUUUUCCUUUUCUCGUGCAAUCCGCGAGGAACAGCUUCUAUCAAAGGACGUGUAAAUCUCUAGAGAUUCACCACGUAAGAAAUAUCAGCAGUUGAAACGUUCCAUUUACGGUCAGAGUAUGUUUCACUUGUAUGCAGGGAAAACCCACUCCGUAUUUCUAUUGUAUCAUUCACGUGGGGGUGUAAGCAUGGAUAAAAAUAGUAAAUUUAAUCAAACAAAUGAAAGCUGCAUCACAUUUAACUGAGGUUCACAAUCGAGAUAUUUGACUCCUGUGGAUAGACGUCUAAUUUUGAAACGGGCUACUAGUCAUUUCGAAAAGUAAUAUCCUCGACCCGACAUGGACACCACUGCCAUCAUUAAGAGUGUCAUGGCUGAUAAGAAUAUCACGAAGAACAACAUUAAAGAGAGAAGCUCCCGGCAAGGGGUGCGAGGUUUCUCCCGGAUCGCGUGUUCCAAACCUGAUUGUGAAGGGACCUGGAACACUCAUCAAGCCCAUGCUGUUAUUGAUCUUAAGAGACAGAAGGUAGUCAGGAUCUAUAACCAGAAGUGCAAGACAUGUCAACACGAGAAUGCACCCAGCUUUGAGGAUUCUGUGUUUCGGGAGAUGGUGGAAAAAGCUCUUGAGCAGGAGAAGAAGUAUCGGAACAAUAAUAGAUCUGUGAAGCGUCGUAGUUCCUAUCGAGAUGAUGAUGAUGAGUAUGGAGGACCUCCUCAUGAGAGUAGUCUCUGUGAGAAGUGUGGCUACGGAAGCUCCCCUUGCUGGAAAAGAACCAGGCGCUACUAGGUCCCAUCUUUCAAAAGUGUUCUGAGGGAGGAUCUUCCUUGAUUUUUCAGUUUUAAGAAUAGAAGUUAGUAUGAACAGAGAGGUUGAUGAUUAUUUAAGUUUAAGAAAUAGAAUAUAUUGUGUGAAAAUUAUUGCUGCAAACAUAUGUUUUUUUUUUGUUGUGUUAAAGAAGUUGACAGAAUGUUUAUCGCUAAACCAAUCUUGUUUGUUAUUUUCAUUUCAUUUCAUUAAUUUUUGUUACCGUUAAAAUAUGUUUAAUUUGUAUUUACCAAUUAUGAAAUAAAACUUUAAUGACGAUCCUAAAUACUGUAAUAUUACUUAUAUUACCCUACUUUAUUGCGCUAAAUAUGGACUAAAUCUUCUUGAUAAACAAUUUUUGAAACCCAAUUCAGAAUAAAUGCAGAUAUCAUGCUAAAAUUGUACAACAUAUUGUAACAUAUUUAAAAUCUACCCAUCAACUGAUCAACUGUGAAUGAUGAGGGAAAUGUCCUUCAAACAUUUUACUUAAGUUGAAAAUCGUAAUUCAUGAGCAGUUCAUUGUAUUGUAUUGGUCCAUAAUUGACAAAUAGCAAAUAUUUCGAUUUUGUUUUUCCUGUAUAAGCAUUUGUAUAGACUGAAAUUGAUUUAUCUUUUCUCAUGCACAGUAGGAACAGACGCCCUGUCAUUUCUUAAGUUGGAUUUAUACAUGUAAACACCAAAUGUUGAACACACUCUAACAUUCUCUAUUUCUUUUGGGAGGGGGUGAUGAGUAGACCACAAAUUACACCAAAUAAUAAUUAUACCAACUGUACCUACUCCAAUUUGACUCCUAAUAUACAAAUUGCAAUUUUUGAACAAACCUUCAGUUUAAAAAAAUGCUAGUCGGGACAUUUUCAUAACUCCUGUCAGCAAGCUUUCUUAUUUUCUUUUCGGUAAUUUUGAAAAGCUGACAACAAUUUUGUGCGCAAAUCUGGUUGGACACCCCCCUACCUCGUUCAAAAUGGACUAGCCUCCCCCUCCCCCGAUUGAAAUUCAGUCAGUUAGAUCCCCUGACCUCGAAACCUUAAAUGAGCUAUGCCUCUUGGUUAAGAGCCAUACAAUCGAUGACUGUUUGGGGUCUUAUUAUCAAAUGAUCGGAGGACAUUCAAAAGACAAGAUAUUGAUCAUUAAGACUCUUUGGUCAGUUACACAAUGGAAAUCAUCAUCGAGAAUACUGGGCAUUAUACUUUUCCUCUAGGGGGAAUGUAUAGCCUUGCAUAUGCAUAGAUUUUUUUUGUCUAGUUAAGUAGACCUACUCGGGAUUACCUUUUUUUUUUUUAUAAAGUCUAAUAGUGCUCCCAUUUUGUUUAUAUUUACCGUUGUUCAAAUCUUCUCCAUUUGAAUAGCACCAUGGUCCUUGUCUCUUAGAAUACUGUUGUUUUUUUGUCAGAUGGAAAUUAUUAAAUAUUUUUUCAAUGUA